AUGUCGAGUACAAUUUUUUCCCUCAUUAUGAAAUAUUUGCACUUCGCAAAUAAUGAGGAUUUUGAUGAAACAAGUCAUCCGGCUCCCAAGCUAAAAAAAUUUGGGAACUCUACCAAGUAAUUGUACGAAAUUUCCAGCAGAGCUAUGUGCCAGAGAGGGAUAUCAGCGUAGACCAAAGUCUAAUGGCCUACAAAGGAAGGCUCAGCUGGAUACAGUACAUCGCGUCCAAGAGAGCAAGAUUUGGCGUGAAAUCCUAUCUGCUGUGCGAAUCCUGUACCGGCUACAUCUGGAACACAGUCCUAUACACCGGCAAAGGAACAAAAUUCAAUCCUAAGUACAGCAGCUACGGACUGGCAACAUCAUCCGUCCUGUCACUAAUCGAGCCUCUGCUAAACCAAGGCUAUUGCAUAACGACGGACAAUUUUUACACCUCGCCAGAACUUUACGAGGUUCUUCUUCAAAACAGAACGGAUGCCUACGGAACCGUUCGGGCUAACCGGCGUAACCUGCCAUCCAUGUUUGGAAAAAACAAACUAAAGUCGGGAGAAUUAGUUGCCUGGCAGAAAGGCAAAAUGAUUGCGCUGAGAUGGCAGGACAAGAAGGAUGUGUGCCUGAUGAGUACCAUUCACAAUGCCUCCACAGUGAUGGUCCAAACAAAAGGUGGCAAAAACAUCCAGAAGCCGCAGGUUGUCAUGGACUACAACAAAACCAUGGGAGGUGUUGACAGAGCUGACCAAGCUAUGACGUUUUAUCCUGCGAUGAGAAAGCAGCAGAGAAAGUAUUAUAAAAAGAUUUUCCGGCAUCUUCUGGAGCAGUGUUUGUGGAAUGCAUACGUUCUGUUCCACAAACACAGUGAAAAGCCUGUGAUUCAUGCGGACUUUAUAUGGAAAUUGGCGGAAUGCAUCUUCCUGAAAUACCAAACUCCAUCAGUGUCUGUGGGUAGAUCCGGAUGACGUUCUGUGGAAGUUGUCAACCCAGAACGUCUGACUGGACGUCAUUUUAUGGACCACAUCCCACCAACCCAAAAAAAAGGCAGCACCUACCAGGAUGUGCGUGGUAUGCUUGUCUCAGAGAGAUAACAGUGGAAAAAAAAUCCGCAAGAAAACAAGGUUCCACUGUCCUGAUUGCGAUGUCGGACUUUGUGCAGUCCCAUGUUUCAAAAUUUUACCACACCCGGGAUGUUUACUAA